GUUUAACUGUUACUGCAAAGGUAGUAACAAGGUCUCAAUACUAUGGUCGGCGAUCAGUGUUACAGCUUGGAAAUCGUGAAUGGGCUACUGCGAUUGAGGCAAUAAGUGCAUCAGGAUGGGCCUUGCCUCCAUGUAUUAUUCUCAAAGGCAAGGUCUUUAUCCAGUCUUGGUCUGACAACCUCCCGGACAAUUGGCGCAUUGAAAUCAGUCCAAAUGGAUGGACUUCUGAUGAAAUCGGGAUUCGGUGACUCCAAAAGAUCUUUAUUCCAUCGACAAUUACUCGUAUGAAAGGAAAAUAUCGACAUCUAAUCCUCGAUGGCCAUUUAACACCAAAAUUCGACGAAAUUUGCAGUCAAAACGAUAUCAUCCCAAUCUUGUUAAAGCGAUGGUAUGGCCAGAUGGUUGAAUCAAGAAUGUGGCUCGGUAUAAAUCAUAUCGGUAAAUUAGACAUUCUUGAGGCCUACCCACACGCACGAAUCGAAGUAUUCAAAACUGAGACUAUUAAGAAUAGCUUCGCGGCAGCUGGUUUAGUGCCAUACAACUGUGAACGAGUGAUUCAAAGCUCAAUAUUCAGCUUCGUAUGCCAACACCCCCCUGAAGCCGGGGUAGCGAUUGGGCGCCUAAAGCGCCUUCGAAUUUCGUCCAAUUACAAAAGCAAGCAUCCUCAAUUAAGGCUUUAUUAAGGCAGCAUUCAAAGAGCUUACCGAGUCCACUUAAUUCUGCGAUAAAUCAGGUUCUUAAAGCUUGUCAAAUAACAAUGCAAUCGGCUGCUUUUCUUGAGAAAGAAGUAAGUGAAUUAGCACUGCAAAUGAAAGACAGAAGCAAAAGUGUACUUGGUCUAGAGACAAAUACUUCAUGAAGAUGGUCUCAGCCC